UCGAUCAACUUCCAUUGUUGAACCACCGUUGAAGGUAGAACAGAACCGCAACUAGCAACCGUAGAAUCUCCAAUGACAUGCAUUUCGAAACCAUUCAAUGCCACCGUUUUCCACAAACAUUCAUCCCCUUUCCCUCAAUUUCCAUCCCGCCUCCAUUCUAAUGCACACUCUUUUUUUCACUCAAACACAUUCCGCUCCACGAAAAGCAUCAAUAUCUCAUCCCACGCCGUUCCUCCUCUCCCCCAAAACCAAAUCAUCAUCGGAUGCGGAAUGACGACGGUGGAUAUCUUAGCUACCGUGGACGGAUAUCCGAAACCGGACGAUAAGAUCCGAACAACCUCCUCUAAGGUGCAAGGAGGCGGAAAUGCCGGUAAUGCUUUAACAUGUGCGGCUCGACUCGGUUUGAAACCCAAGCUUAUUUCCAAGGUUGCUGAUGAUGCUAGAGGAAAGAGCAUAUUGGAGGAACUUGAAGCUGAUGGUGUCGAUACUUCCUUUAUUAUUGUAUCCAAGGGUGGUAGUUCUACAUUUUCAUAUGUACUUGUAGACAGCCAAACAAAAACUCGCACAAGUAUUUACACCCCUGGAGAUCCUCCCUUAAUGCCAGAUGAUUUGUCUCAGUCAAUGUUGUUGUCUGCAUUUGAUGGAGCAAGAUUAGUUUAUUUUGAUGGAAUGUCUAUCGAAACUGCUCUAUUUGUGGGACAAGAGGCAGCUCGCAAUAAUAUUCCUAUUUUAGUUGAGGCAGAAUCGCCAAGGGAAGGGUUGGAUGAGCUAUUGAAGCUUGCUGAUUUUGUUGUAUGUUCAGCAAAGUUUCCACUGGCUUGGACACAGGCACCAUCUAUCCCAAGUGCAUUGGUUUCCAUGCUUAUAAGAUUGCCAAAUGUCAAGUUUGUGAUUGUGACUCUGGGUGAAGAUGGCUGUCUAAUGUUGGAGAGAAGUACAAAUGAGGAUGUCGGCAUAGAAGAAAGGAAUGUAGAGAGCUUCUUAGAACUCUUGUACAAAGAGAAAGAUGAUAGCUUGGCUAUUCCAACCUGCAUAUCAUCGGUGGUGAGAAAGUUCAGAUCAAAUGGAAUAGGCACAGUUUGUGGGAGAUUCUUUAUCGGAACAGCAGAGAAGAUACCAGAUUCUGAGCUUAUUGAUACAACAGGUGCCGGGGAUGCAUUUAUUGGAGCAAUUAUGUAUGCCAUUUGCUCAAACAUGGUACCAGAGAUAAUGUUACCCUUUGCUGCACAAGUAGCAGCUGCCAAGUGUAGAGCUUUGGGAGCUCGAACCGGUCUUCCUCACCGAACAGAUCCAUGCUUAACAUCCUUUUUAUGCUGAGAAGGAAGUUCUGUUGUAGUGCUCAUGUUUACUUCGUGGUUCUUUAUUCAUGUCUUAAAAAAUGUCCUAUAGUUUGUGCAGAAUGUGAGUACAUGAUUUUAAUUUUAAUUUAUCACAGGUAAUAAACUUGUCUUAAAGUGUGUGUACUUUUCUUUUGAUUAAGACAAAAAAAAAUACACUUAAUCUUUUCUUAUAAUAGGGAUAACAGAUAGUGUUUUACAUGCCAAAAAAAACAUAUUUAACUUUAUUUAUUGUUAUAUUUUAAUUAAAUGUACACCAAAGAAUCAUAGUGGGAGGAGCAGAUACAAAAGGGUCUUUGGGAAUGGACUGCAUGUAGUCGAACUGACGCAUGACGUGCUCAGAUAGAUAAGGAGCUGUCAAACGUAACCUGCAAGCCAACCAUCCUGAGUUUAAGACAAUAUCAUCAAAGGAAAUCGUCUCACGGUGAUCGGUGUAAUAGUGGAAGUGUAUAUUCUCAAAUACCAAGCUGUCAAUAU